UUCACUCUUCCAUUUCAAUCUUUUCGUGAAUGGUGGAAUGAACUUGAAUAUCACGAGCGAGCAAAUUGAACAAAAAGCAGAAGUAAAAUUGUGCUAAGCCGGUGGUUUAUUGUGUUUUUAAAGUCGAACCCCUUAUAAGAUCACAAAAUGGUGUCUCUAAACCCCAUCAGAAUAUUGAAAAAUGAAGCCGAAGAAGAGAAAGCCGAAGUGGCACGUAUGUCCAGUUUCAUCGGAGCUAUUGCGAUUGGCGAUUUGGUAAAGAGUACCCUAGGCCCUAAAGGGAUGGACAAAAUUUUGGUCUCCAUGGGUAGAAAUUCUGGACAGGUUGAAGUAACAAAUGAUGGUGCCACAAUUUUGAAGUCAAUCGGGGUUGAUAACCCGGCCGCAAAAAUUUUGGUGGACAUGGCAAAGGUUCAAGAUGAUGAAGUGGGUGACGGCACAACAUCGGUCACCGUCUUAGCUGCCGAACUGCUCCGUGAGGCUGAGAAGCUCGUUGAACAGAAGCUGCACCCUCAGACAAUUAUUGCUGGAUGGCGCAUUGCUGUGGAUGCUGCUAGGAAAGCCCUUGAAGGUGCCAGCUUUGACCACCAGAAGAACCUCAAUGAUGCUGCCCUUCGUGCUGACUUGGAAAACAUUGCUCGCACUACCUUAAGCUCUAAGAUUCUCUCUAAUCACAAAGAACAUUUUACAAAACUAGCUGUAGAUGCAGUUCUCCGCCUGAAGGGUUCCGGAAACCUGAAGGCCAUACAGAUCAUCAAAAUAUCUGGAGGCCUGCUUGAAGAGUCCUUCCUGGAUGAAGGCUUCCUUUUAAACAAAAAUGUGGGCGUGCAUCAACCGAAACGCAUCGAAAACGCCAACAUUCUGAUCGCCAACACUCCCAUGGACACGGAUAAGAUCAAAGUGUUCGGUUCCACCAUCAAAGUGGACUCCAUGGCCAAGAUCGCUGAGCUGGAAGUGGCCGAGAAGGAGAAGAUGAAGGACAAAGUUAACAAGAUCUUGGCGCACAAGUGCAAUGUCUUCAUUAACAGACAGCUGAUCUACAACUACCCGGAGCAGCUGUUCGCCGACGCAGGCGUGAUGGCCAUCGAGCACGCGGACUUCGACGGCAUCGAGCGACUGGCGCUGGUUACCGGCGGAGAGAUCGUCUCCACUUUCGACUCGCCUGAUAAAGUCAAGCUUGGGCACUGCAAGGUCAUCGAGCAGGUGUUGAUCGGCGACGAGUGCCUGAUCCGUUUCUCCGGCGUGGAACUAGGCGCGGCGUGCACCGUGGUGAUCCGCGGCGCCACGCAGCAGGUCAUCGACGAGGCAGAGCGGUCCCUGCACGACGCGCUCUGCGUGCUCGCGGCCACCGUGCGCGAGCCCAAGGUCAUCUACGGCGGCGGCGCCAGCGAGAUGCUGAUGGCCGAGGCCGUGUCCCGCGCCGCAGCGACGACGCCGGGCAAGGAGGCAGCGGCUGCGGAGGCGUUCGCCGUGGCGCUGCGCCGCCUGCCCGCCGCCGUGGCCGACAACGCUGGCUACGAUAGCGCGGACCUCAUCGCGCGACUGCGCGCCCGACACGCGCAGGGCGACGCCACCGCCGGACUCGACAUGAACAACGGCGUGGUGGGCGACAUGAAGCAGCUGGGCGUGACGGAGUCGUACGUGGUGAAGCGGCAGGUGCUGGUGUCGGCGGCCGAGGCGGCGGAGAUGAUCCUGCGCGUCGACAACAUCCUCAAGGCCGCGCCGCGCCGCCGCGGCCCCGACCACCGCCCCUGCUAGGCGCACGCACAUCA